AUGGCGGCUAGAGCCCGACGGAAAUUGCCGAAGGUGCCGGAGCGCACGGGGCAGCGCGUGGCAGCGGCGGCGGCGGAAAGAGCCGAGCGCGCCGGCGCCCGGCUGCGGGCGGUGAGCGGCGGGGCGCGGGGACGACGGGGAGGGGGCGCCGCCGCAGUGGCCUCCUACGCGCCGCCGCGCGCCUGGGGCCCUCCGCCCUUUGCGCUCUGGGCCUCGGCCUGUUGCUGA